UAAGAGAUUCUCUUCUUGGAAAUCCUAAUGACAAAUGGAAAUCAAUCAAGAGGAACGAGAAUAUACUUUUAACCAUCAUGCCAUGUAUUUCCGACUGUCAACAACAGAGCUGCAUUGUGUCUAGCCAUUGCUGACCAGGGCAGCGGUCAUUGCGCUAACUUGGAUCGAUUCUGACUGAGCGUACCGUACAAAGGUGACUCUGGUAGUGUAUGUCAAAGUGGCUUUCAGAAGAACGGUGUCCUGGAAAUCCUUGGCUAAUGAAAUUAAAGUUGAAUUUAGUAGAUCUGAUCAAUAAAUGGAGACGUUAGUGUAGAGAAGAUCGUUGGCGUGUUUAAGAAUUAAUGAGCGUGACCUAUUCUGGACUCUAGAUGACUUCUGGCAGGUAAACAAAACGUGACCACUCGCCAUUGUUGUCACUUGUUACAUCUACCAAAGAAUAUAGGUGGGUAAGGUGCAUAAUUUACAGUUCAGUGUUAUACACGUACAAUGUGUGUGGAUAAUCUUGGAUGCAAAACAUGAUGAAGACCUUAUAACCUGCAAGAUCCUUAUCCGAAUUUUGAUCAACAAGUUACUGGCUUGAAGGCAACAAAUAAUUCUUCCAUCCAUGAAAACGGAGCACGGCCUAGUAAAAUGUCUGAUGUGGAUGCGAAGGGCGUCAGCGUAAAACUGGACGCAGACGACCAGGAUACCGCAGACAGCCACAACGAAAGUCUGAUAACAGACCUUGACGAUGUCAAUGUAGUGUGUCAUGAUGCAGACGACAACUGUGAGGACUGCAACAAGGAAUCUUCUCGUGAGAAUAAACCAGAACAAGUCACGGAUUUAGACAAUGUGAACACACUAAUCGAAAAUGAAUCUCAGAGGGUUUGUGGCGAGAAUAAGUUUUCCAGUCACGUGUUUCAAUAUGAGCUGAACGCCCAUACCAUUGAUCCAGACAAACUGAAAAUAGGACCUUAUUCUGACGGAAUGGAAAACAGUAAAAUAAUGAAUACAGAGGAAAAGAGCCCUGUCCAAGACCCUGACAUGGAAGCAGUAAAGGAAUAUGUUUUAAAGAUCAUAAAUAAAGCACGAGAAAUAGUGCAGACGGAAUCGGAAGACACGGGCAAAUCACGCACAAAAAAGGGGAAUGCCGCAAAGCCAUGGACACAAAGACUUGCGGAAAUAUUCUGCUUUAGAAGAAAUUGAAACCACAAAUGACUAUAAUCUGUGAAAAAAAGCAUAUACUAAAUGUGAUUGAAAUUCUAACAAAGAUGAACCUUGAUAAUGGGCUGUCCCGAGAUAGAUAACAUUUUCAACUAAAGAGGAAGUGCGACGUACGACGGAUUGGCAGAACCUCUCAGGGAGAUGUUUCAAAAGGAAUUUGAUAGCAUGAAUAUCCAUAAUACUGGAAGUUUGAAUAUAAGGGUAGCCGACACAUUACCGGGUGUUUUCAUGAAUGAAGAAAUCUAUUAUUAAUGUCACAAAUUCAGGAACAGAGUACAUAGCCUUUCAUUAUUCUAACCACGGAUCAUUUUAUAUUUCAAAAUACCAUACCGUUUACAGGGAAAUAGUUGCCCCCUUUUAAAUUUUCACUCCUAUCGCCUUCGUUUUCAGUGGGCGAAUUUAAGCCUGAGCGAAACCGUUUUCUCUCUUAUCUCUCUUUAAAACUGUGAUUUGGUGAAUUUAAAACUGGAGAAAACCGUCUGCGAGAUUAAUGUAGACCAGCGAAAAUAAGAGGAGGCGAACCCUGUAUACAGUGAGUAAUUUCCAUACUAAUGUGUACAAUUAACAUUGAUGUGCAAAAUUUACAAAGCGUGUUCAUCCUGUAUAUUCAUGAUACUUAUAUCAUGCGUAAUCAUAUCAUUUGAUUCUUUAUCAUGUUGAAAUUCUCUAUGGUUGUUAUAUGAAGAAUAAACAGUUUUUGUUUGUUUUAA